AUCGAGUAUCAUGGGCGUGUUGUAGCAUAUUGAACGAUCUGUCAGACUGCUCAACCUGUCUUUUCUGUUCUCGUUCUGGACUGUUUUUUGAAUUUACUUCUUGAACAAUGGAACCUGGAAACACAAGCUUGAGCAAAGCUAAAACAAGGAGGAAACCCAGUGAAAAGUAUGUGAAAAGUCAAGAAAGUAAUAUAAGCAGCUUAAUAUCAUGCGCUUCAUCAUUAAUCAUCCGCACAUUGAUGAUGACAAGAGACGCACUAAACUGAGGAGAUGACAGACUCAUGAGGUGCAUAGAUGAGAUGCUUCAUAGCAUUUUCUUCUUGGGGCACAUUUAUGACUCAAGCAAGAUGGUUCCCAAGAAGUUCUUCAAAACUGAUAAGACAUAUGAUCUUGUCAAGGAGCUAUUUUGUGAGGCUUUCCAGAGCUACAGAACUCAUUUGCCAACACGCACUCCAUUUUCUAUUCUGCUAAACAUGAUGGAGAUACUUCACAGCACUGAAAAUAAAAUAAAAGAAGAGCUUCUGAAGCUGCUGAAGGAACUCAGAUUCCCAAACCCUCUUCACAAACCAGGCAGCAAGUAUGAGGAAUAUUACACACUGGAAUCAACAGUGAUCUGUGUGUGUUAUUCAGAUUCUGAUCCACAGCGGUACUACGGGGCAUCUCUUUCCUGCAGAAAACAAAAUGCAAAGAGAAUUCUGAUCGACCUGUCUUGUCUUCAAACGUGGCAUGAGUAUGUGUCCCAUGCGGUCAUGUCAUUUUAUCCAGAAGGUCCUGGUGAUGGUAUAACAUUCCCAGAGUCAGUGAAAUGUCAGGCAUACUUUAGAGACCGGAAAGAAAAUGUUUAUGAAGAAAAAUAUCCAUGUUUAAACUGUAAGCAGCUGUUUAAUCUGAAAGAUGCACAUCCAGAUAAAAGGUAUCAUCCCUAUGGGAACUGUGCUGAGACAGAAUGCUUGAGCAAACUACUUUUCAAUAAUCAAUACAUACAAAAGAACACACAAAUUAACAAUCAUACAGAGGAAAACUAUAAAGAACUCAAAUGUUUAACAGAAGCCCGCUUGGUAGAGGAGCUUGGCAAGGUUGGCAUUAAAAUUAAUAAUCAGAACAUUCUGUUCUACAGACCAGUGCAAAGGAAGGGUGAUGAAUUCAAAAAUAAAUUAUUACAUUUGUUAUUUUGAUUCUGGGAAACAUAAAACUUUGUAUGAACACAAAGUUCUCAGAUCUUUUAAUCUUGUAUAGCCUGUGUCAGGUCCUACACAAGUGCAUAGGUACAUGUUGGAUCUCAUUUUAUCAUGUGGUCUGUUUGUUUCGAACAUUGAGACGUGACACAGUUUCUCUGGCCACAUGCCUGUUUUAUUUGAGAUCUCUCCCCAGUAAUACCUUUUAAACUAUGUGCUUCAGUUUAUUCUUGCAAUACAUUUACUAUUUUCACUGCUGCACAGUUGUCUGUUGCUUUUAAAAAUUUGGUUGAGUCUCACUCGGACUCACUAUUUUAUUCCACUUGCUAAAACACCCUAGAUACUGUUGCUCCCCUUAAGAUCAUGUGUUCCAAAGCUGAAACAUGGUUGAAUAACACCACUCGUACUGUCAAAUGAAACAGUAGGAUGACUGAACUCAAGUGGAAAGACAAAUUGCUGGAGUCUUUUGAGAUUUUAAAGGACAGCUGCUGCAGAUACCAGAAAAUUGCCACAGCCAAAAGGACAAAAAUAUUUUUCUGAUAUUACUUUAAAUAAUUGUCCGAAACUUUGUGUUCUUUUUAGUACCAUUAAUGUUGUUCUUCAUUCCCCCAAUCUGCUUGUCUUGAUGUUUCCAAAGAAACCUGUGAAAAAUUCCUCCACUUCUUUGUUGAUAAGAUUGCAAGCCUUAGAGUUUUUAUCUCACCACCCUCUUAUGACCCAUCUAUCUCUUACCCCCUUUCCACCAAUGCAAACCAGGUGCUAGUUCUGGGCUGUUGCUCAUGCUGGUUCAGAACUAGUUCAACUUGCAAACCUUCUAAGAACUGGUUUGCUUUUCCACAGCCUAAAGAGCGACCACAGAGCCAUGUCAUUAUGUCACUGUAUACAUCUGCUUUCUAAGCUGCUAACUCAGCUGCCAGCUCCCAGGUGCUAGCUCUGCUAACACCAAGCACAAUGACAACAAUGGCGGACUGCUUUGUCUCUCUUUCUUUGGAUUAUUUAGACUAGAUGCUACAUUAAGGGUGCAUUUGAAAUGGGGAAAGUGCUUUCUCAGGAAGACGUCUAACACUGCAAAAAACUGAAAACUGAAUUUGAGGAGAAAAUUCCUUGAUACUCAUGAAAUUAUCUUGCUGCAUGG